UAAGAAAUUAAUUAAGCCAUAACGAAACCCUUUUGAAUGAGUCGGAAAAAUCACUUGAAAAAUCACAUCACUAACUUACCUGGUUUGAGUUUUGCAGUUGUUGAUCAACUGCCAUGUGGCCCCUUAAGAUGAAGCCAAUAUUAAAAAUUACAAAAAAGUAGGACCAAAACUUCACGAAGGACCAUUUCAAUUCCCCAGCCUUAGCACUUCUCUUCUUCCCCCUUUAUAAAUAUGUACUUACAGCAACUCAAGGUGAAGUCGAGCAAUCCUGACUUUCCAGUGUCUUCUGCACUAAAAGGGGAAGAGGAAGACAAUUAACCAAAACAAAAAUCAUAGCAAAUGGCAAGAAAGAGAAAGGCUGUUGAAGGAGUGGAGGAAGACAAGAGCUCCGGUGAAGGAGGAGCUAUGGGAUGGGAUGAAAUGGUGAAGGAGGACGCGGUGGCUGCAGAGCUAGGAGGAAUUCGAAGACCUCGAAAGCGAUUCGUUGGCGUCCGACAACGACCGUCGGGGCGAUGGGUGGCGGAGAUCAAAGACACUAUACAAAAGAUUAGAGUAUGGUUGGGCACAUUUGACACAGCUGAGGAAGCAGCUAGAGCUUAUGAUGAGGCAGCUUGCUUGCUCCGUGGCUCCAACACAAGAACCAACUUCUGGCCUUGUUCCCCUUUAUCAGCUUCAUCACCAGCCCUUCCUUCAAAGAUCACCAAUCUUCUUAUCCAAAGGCUGAAUGCAAGAAACAAGUCCAUCAAUAACAACAAUCUUCCAAAUAAUCAUCAAGAACAGAAACACCAGCCAACGCAAGAGAGGAUUUUACACACAAAUGAAUAUCGAUGCAGAGAAGAAUUGGCAACAACAUGUUUAACAGACAAAGUUCUAAGUGAUUUGCUGAACGACCAUGAAGUUUUCACCACCAACAACCCCAAUAUUGAAGAAAUCAGUAGGAGUUUUGAGUCGUGUUUGACUGAGAAAGAUGAAUCAGACGGUGGAGAUAUGGAGAGCGGCAACUGGUUGGGAAUGACCCAGAUGAGUAACUCAGAAGGAGAUGAAAAAAGUGGAAUCCAACAAGAAGAAGCAGAAGAAGAAUCAAGUGUUUUGGAUUUUCAUUUCCUCGAUGACAUUGGGCCACCAUGUUACUACUCUCCAUUUGAGAUUGCAGAGGAGAUAGGGGAGCCAAUGGAAGCAGAAGGGAUCAAUGAAGAUGAUCAGCCACCUUCAAUGCUGAGAGAAGCCAUGAAAAGGAUGAAAUAUGAGAGAAAGAUUUCAGCUUCUCUCUAUGCCUUUAAUGGGAUUAAUGAAUGCCUAAAAUUGAAGCUUGGGAAAGAUGGGGGGAAUGGGAGAGGGAGAUCUUCUGAGCUGAUAGCAAGCUUGAGAAAAGCAUGUGACAGAAAGAGAUCAGAUGAGGAGAAGGUUGAAGAAGAAGAAGAAGAUGAGGAGGAGUAUCAGCAAGUGAUGAAAGAGAAGAAGAUGGAGGAGGAAGAAGAUAAAGAAGAAAGCUGUUCACCUGAAAUGGAGUCUUUUUCAAGCAGUGAAGUUGACUUGUCGAUUUGGAGUUCACUGGAUCUUCCACCCAUUUGCUUCGUUAACUGAGUUCUCUGUCUUCGCCAUCAUCAAGUGGAAGUCCUGAAAGAGAAAAUUGGGUUUCUGGGACUUUUUUUUUUUUCUCUCCUGUUUCUUUCUUUAAUGAAAAACUGAAGUCUAAAAUUUAUAUUUAUAAACAAUUAACCAUAUAUCUAUAUAGAUCAUGGAUGGAGAAGAACAAUUGGGAUGCAUUGUUAAAUUCAUAUCUUAUCCACCAAACAAUUAGUUUUCAUCUUAAUUUUCAACCUUGCUAGUCUUCCUUUAUUCAUUACUUUGAUUUAUGCGAAAUACAUGAUGAUAAAAGAAAAUACCAAUCCCAGAUGAACAGAUAUCGCAACACUGAAGAAACAAAGCUAAACAAAAAAAAAAAAAGGAAAAAAAAAAAAGCAUAUUCUCUUUAGGCCUAUGUUCACACACUCGCGUUGAAUAAUUGUCCCCUUCUUGUGUAAGGAAAGAAUGUAGACAUACCAAACAUAGCCUACACUCUCUUCUUAGCUAAAGAAUUUGAUUAUAAAAUCAAAUUGGUGCAAAUACAGAUAAAUCGCACACAAGAAAGGGUUACUCUUUAUCCCCCUAAAGUAGUUUGCUUCGGCUUUGCCGUCCAGCAUUAGACAGCUUCCAAGAAGAACAAAAUAAUCAAUUGUUGAAAUAAAAGUUUUUGGGAUUGUAGGGAUCCCAUCAAGACGUUUAUGGACAAAGUUGACAAAUCUUUUAGUUUGUCCUUUGCUAAAAUUAAAAAUCUUCAAUCUACAACUGGCUUUUUUGAUUGUGCUAAAAUAUGGCAGUAGGACGAUUAAAGGUUUAUAACAAUCGACGAUGUUUUUGAGCAUCGAAGUCUAGAAAUUAUAAAUAUAUAAAUCAAUCAAAGAUAACAUUCAUCUAGUGUUU